AAUUGUGUCUCUUGCGUCCAUGUUACCACCCGGAGGAGAUGUGGAAGGACACAGGCCAAUAUGGCUAGACAUCUUCGCUUUGUUGCUCGAACUGUAAUGGUUCAGGAUGGAAACGUUGACGCUGCAUACAAAGCUUUAAAUCGGGUGUUGUCUGUGGAUGGCAUUCUGGAGACAGUGAAGCGGAAGAGGUACUACGAGAAGCCUUGUCGCCAGCGACAACGGGAAAACUACGAGAACUGCAGGAGGAUAUACCAUGCAGAGAUGGCCCGAAGAAUCUCCUUUCUAUCUAAGGCCAACCGUCCAGACCCCUGGCUUGGCUGUUGAGAAGGGAGAGGACUGAUGGUCGUCUUUUUUUUUUACUGAAGGCGAAGGACUUGUGCUGGUAAACCGCAACUUCCCAUAUGGCUUCUUCGGAUGUCCUUUCAAGACUGUGUUUGUUUGGAUGAAUUUGUGGCUUUGCUAUGUAGUGACGCGCAAACAGCGUCCUUCUUAUGUUGAGAAGGAGACCAAUCGCUAUCUCAAACUUUAAUACACAAAGUAACACACAAAUGCUCAAAUAAAAAUAAUACUCAUCAAUUAAAUACUUAUCAAAAGUU